AUGCAACAGACCACAGACCAAAUGAAAAUGUAAUGGUUAUAAAAGAAAAGUAUUUCUUUGGCAUAAAUAAUAAGUCCUUUCUGUUCAAGUAUUAAACUUUAAGAUUCAUGGGAUUAACAAAAAAAUUGAAGAACCAAAAAUAAUGGUUUUUACCAUGAAUCCAGUAAUGGAAAGACAUAAAUAAUGGUUGGAAGAAUUCAGAUUACAAAAUUAAUUUAAGAAACAUGCAAAAGAAGAGGAAUAAAUUCGAGAAGUUGAAAAAUAUAAAAGAGUGAGAGAUUUAGCCAAGAAAAAUAGAGAGAUGACAAAAUAAAUGAAGGAAGAAUACAAAUAAAUUAAUGAAUUAAUCUAAAAAGAAUUGAAAAAUGAUGGGCCUAAAAGCAAAACAUGAGGCUGUUAUCUUAAUUUCAAUAGUAAAAUUGAUAGCCGAAGAUCUAAAGAUAUUAGAAGAUA